GUGUCACUCGAGAAGGUCCUUGGCAUCACAGCCCAGAACAGCAGUGGCCUAACCUGUGACCCCGGCACAGGCCAUGUGGCCUACCUGGCAGGCUGUGUAGUGGUGAUUUUGGACCCCAAGAAGAAUAAACAGCAGCACAUCUUUAAUACUGCCAGGAAGUCUCUGAGUGCUGUGGCCUUCUCACCCGAUGGGAAGUACAUAGUGACAGGGGAGAACGGACACAGGCCUGCUGUGCGCAUCUGGGAUGUGGACGAGAAGAGCCAGGUGGCGGAAAUGCUGGGCCACAAGUACGGCGUGGCCUGCGUGGCCUUCUCACCCAACAUGAAGCACAUCGUGUCCAUGGGCUACCAGCAUGACAUGGUGCUCAAUGUCUGGGACUGGAAGAAAGACAUCGUGGUGGCCUCCAACAAGGUGUCAUGCAGGGUCAUCGCCCUCUCCUUCUCAGAGGAUAGCAGCUACUUUGUCACUGUCGGAAACCGGCACGUGAGGUUCUGGUUUCUGGAAGUCUCCACUGAAGCAAAGGUGACAGGUACAGUGCCCCUGGUAGGACGCUCAGGCAUCCUUGGCGAGCUGCACAACAACGUCUUCUGUGGUGUGGCCUGUGGCCGGGGCCGAAUGGCAGGCAAUACCUUCUGUGUGUCCUACUCGGGCCUCCUCUGCCAGUUCAACGAGAAGAGAGUGCUGGAAAAGUGGAUCAACCUGAAGGUCUCCCUGUCUUCUUGCCUCUGUGUCAGUCAGGAGCUCAUCUUCUGCGGGUGCACAGAUGGGAUAGUCCGCAUCUUCCAGGCCCACAGCCUACAGUACCUUGCCAACUUACCCAAGCCUCACUACCUCGGGGUGGACGUGGCCCAGGGCCUGGAGUCCAGUUUCCUCUUCCGCAGGAAGGCAGAAGCAGUAUACCCAGACACAGUGGCGCUGACUUUUGACCCCACCCACCAGUGGCUGUCCUGUGUGUAUAAAGACCACAGCAUUUACAUCUGGGAUGUCAAAGACAUCAACAAAGUGAGCAAGAUGUGGUCGGAGCUGUUCCACAGCUCCUACGUCUGGAACGUGGAG